AACGUCCAUCUCUUCUUUGUCUCAAAUCCAUGUUUCACCUCUCUCACUCUCUUUCUGGAAAUGGCUUCCACCACCAAGGAGAUGGCAAUGGACUGGUAACCAGUUCUGCUACUCUACACAGACGGCAGCGUGGAGAGGUUCAAAGACUCUCUUCUCAUGCCCCCCGCACUGUCUGAUCCGGCCGCCGGUGUCUCCUCCCAGGACAUCUCCAUCUCCGCCCACGUCUCCGCCAGACUCUUCCUGCCAGAUCAUCCCACUCCUGCCGACAACCACCGCCGGAAGCUCCCCAUCGUGAUCUACUUCCACGGCGGCGGCUUCUCCUUCGAGUCCCCCUUCUCCGCCCUCUACCACCGCUACAUCUCCACCUUGGCCUCCCAAGCCAGAGUCCUGGCAGUUUCAGUCAAGUAAAGGCUGGCCCCGGAAAACCCUCUUCCGGCUGCUUAUGAAGACUUCUGGGCCGCUCUCCAGUGGGUCUGCUCCCACUCAGCCGGAGAUCAGCACCCUGAUCGGAAAGAGCCAUGGCGAUUUUGACAGGCUCUUCGUCGGUGGCAGUGCCUCUGGAGAUCUCAUAGACUUCUUUGAUCUCCUUUCCAAAGUAUUGAUCACCGAUCUCUCCCCUAUCCUCCGACUCCCCGGAAGACCCAGCCACCCCCCGGCGUCUUCUCCAAAGACAUCGCCAUCUCCUCCAACGUAUCCGCCAGACCCACCCUUCCUCCCUAAAGCCGCUGCCUCCGCCUGCCCCAAAGACAUCGCAAUUGAGCCCGAAGUCUUCUCAAGUUUUUAAAAAGCAGCCUAAUUGAAGUUGUUACCCUUCACAUUCAUCUAAAUUAUUCGUUUUUGGACCAAACAAUGCACUUCACAUACAACAAAGUUUCGAAGAAGAUGAGAUUUUUUUCGUAUAUGAACUCAAAGUUUAGUCUAACUUAAGAUUUUUACCUGAUCUUUUCGAUAAAUAGUUUCUUAUAAUUAAUUAAUUACUCAGAGAGCAGAUUAAAUAUCCGUGUCUCUGGUUCUAAUCAUGUAUAACAAAAACAAAAUUUAAUUUAAUAAUGUAUAUAUUAUUAAAUUCGCCACCUUCCCUAGAAACAGAAGCAAAUUAAAAAAUUCACAAUAAAUAAAAAAGCGGUAGUAAUCUACUAGAAAAAUCAAGAAACCAGGGGUGCAAGUGUAUUUUUCGAAAAGUUGGAGUGGCAUUUGUCCAGACUCAAAGGGUGAUCCAGUCAUUUACCAUAAAGAGCAAAAACCUAUUCCCUCAUUUUCAGUUUCAGAUCGAGUGAGUUUCUCUUUGUUUCCCUGGCAGCUUCGCUCACUGACUCACUGACUCACUCUCUACCCCCCAACCCAUCUUCCGCCGACUGUCCGGCAAUCCCAGCUGAAGGUGCAGUUAACCGGACGGAAGAAUCGGAUCAAAGAAAAGGAUUUUUUCUGCAAUGGAUGUGAUAACACCAAAUUCAGAACGGCGACCACUUUCCAUCAAACUGUGGCCCCCAAGCCAAAAUACACGCCUUAUGCUUGUGGAACGGAUCACUAACAACCUUUCCAGUCAAUCCAUUUUCACCAAGAAAUAUGGUAGUCUGAGCAAGGAGGAAGCUGCAGAAAAUGCCAAAGAAAUUGAAGAUGCAGCUUUUUCCUCUGCAAAUCAACACUAUGAAAAGGAGCCUGAUGGUGAUGGAAGUUCUGCAGUGCAGCUUUAUGCUAGGGAAUGCAGUAAGCAUAUCUUGGAAGUUCUUAAAAGGGGCCCUAGCACCAAGGAGAACGAAGAGGCUGUUAAACUUGACAAAGUUACUGGACCUCACGAAACUUUUUUUGAUAUAUCUAAAGGCCAGCGGGCCUUCAUUGAAGCGGAGGAGGCUCAGGAACUUUUAAGUCCGUUGAAUGAGCCUGGAAAUUUGUACACUAAGAUAUGUUUCAGCAAUAGAAGCUUUGGCUUGGGUGCCGCUCAGGUUGCUGGCCCCAUCUUGGAAUCUCUUAAGGAUCAAUUGCAGGAAGUUGACCUAUCAGAUUUUAUUGCAGGAAGGCCAGAGGCAGAAGCUCUUGAUGUCAUGCAUAUAUUUUCAGCUGCCCUGGAAGGUUGUAUUUUGAAGACUCUGAAUCUCUCAAACAAUGCCUUGGGUGAGAAGGGUGUAAGGGCAUUUGAGAAGCUCCUGAAAGCACAAAGUAACUUGGAGGAGCUCUACUUAAUGAAUGAUGGUAUCUCAGAGGAAGCUGCACAAGCUGUUUCUGAGUUAAUUCCUUCCACAGAGAGGCUUAAGGUUCUCCACUUUCAUAAUAAUAUGACAGGAGAUAAAGGGGCUGCCGCUAUAUCUGAGGUUGUGAAGUGCUCUCCUAUGUUGGAGGAUUUCCGAUGCUCCUCUACGAGGAUUGGCUCUGAUGGAGGAACUGCUUUAGCUGAUGCACUUGGGACAUGUACUCAUUUGAAAAAGCUUGAUCUCCGGGACAACAUGUUUGGUGUAGAGGCUGCAGUUGUGCUGAGCAAAGCACUCUCCAAGCAUGCAAAUCUGACUGAGGUUUAUCUGAGCUACCUGAAUUUGGAAGACAAGGGAGCAAUUGCAAUAGCAGAUGCACUUAAAGAAUCGGCUCCGUCACUUGAGGUCUUGGAUAUGGCUGGAAAUGAUAUAAAAGUUGAAGCUGCAUCCAGUUUAGCUGCAUGCAUAGCAGCAAAGCAGUUCCUCACCAAGCUGAACUUGUCUGAGAAUGAAUUGAAGGAUGAAGGUGCUAUUCAAAUCAGCAAGGCUUUGGAAGAAGGCCAUGGCCAGUUGAAGGAAGUUGACCUGAGCACCAACUUGAUAAGGAGGGCUGGGGCUCAGAUAUUGGCUCAGACUGUGGUGCAGAAGCCCGAGUUUAAGUUACUAAACAUUGACGGCAAUUUCAUCUCUGAAGAAGGCAUUGAUGAGUUGAAGAUUAUAUUUAAAUCUUCUCCGAAUAUGCUUGGGUCCCUGGAUGAGAAUGACCCCGAGGGAGAGGAAGGAGACGAUGAUGGGGAUGAAGGCGGUGAGAAGGAAUCUGGAGAUGAGGAUGAAAGUAACAAACUUGAAUUGGAAUCGAAACUGAAGAAUCUUGAUGUUAACUCGGAGGAGUAGAGAGGUUAUUUCAUGUCAGGUAUCUUUUGGGUUCAACAAGCAGAGCAUACUUAGGUUUGCCAAAACUGACCCGUUUCACCAAGCAGGGUCAGUUUUGGCAACUCCCAACAGAUCCCGGCACAGAUUGUUCAACCGUAUUUUAGGUUUGAUGACAUUAUUUUCCCUUAGGUUGGUUUCUGUGAUUUUCCAUGUAAUGACUAACCUAAAAUCUUUCUUAGCUGAGAUGCCAACUUUUGGGGUUGUCUUGGCAGUUAAGAACUAUGAAUUGAGGCUCUCUCUCUCUCUCUCCA